ACUGAGACUUGAAAUGGCAGAGAAAGGAGAUCAGUUGGACCGAGAAACCUUCUCUUGUUCAAUCUGUCUUGAUCUACUGAAGGAUCCGGUGACUAUUCCCUGUGGACACAGCUACUGCAUGAGCUGUAUUAAAAACUUCUGGGAUCAAGAGGAUGAGAAGAAAAUCCACAGCUGCCCUCAGUGCAGGCAGACCUUCACACCGAGGCCUGUCCUGAUGAAAAACACCAUGUUAGCAGCUUUAGUGGAGCAGCUGAAAAAGACUGAACUGCAAGCUGUUCUUGUUGAUCUCUGCUAUGCUGGAUCUGAAGAUGUGGCCUGUGAUUUCUGCACUGGGAGGAAGCUGAAAGCCUUCAAAUCUUGUCUGAAUUGUCCGGCCUCUUACUGUGAGAAACACCUCCAGCCUCACUAUGAUGUAGCUCCCUUAAAGAAACACAAUCUGGUUGAACCCUCCAAAACACUCAAGAAGAACAUCUGCUCUCAUCAUGAUGAGGUGAUGAAGACUGUCUGCCACACUGAUCAGCAAAGUAUCUGUUCUCUCUGCUCUCUGGAUGAACAUAAAGGCCACGACACAGUCUCAGCUGCAGCAGAAAGGACUGAGAGGCAGAGAGAGCUUGAGGCCAGUCGACAAAACAUCCAGCAGAGAAUCCAGGACAGAGAGAAAGAUGUGAAUCUGCUUCAACAGGAGGUGGAGGCCAUAAGUCGCUCUGCUGAUAAAGCAGAGGAGGACAAUGAGAAGAUCUUCACUCAGCUGAUCGGUCUCAUCCAGAAAAGAAGUUCUGAUGUGAAGCAGCAGAUCAGAUCCCAGCAGGAAACUGAAGUGAGUCGAGUCAAAGAGCUUCAGGAGAAGCUGCAGCAGGAGAUCACUGAGCUGAAGAAGAAAGACGCCGAACUGAAGCAACUCUCAUACACAGAGGAUCACAACCAGUUUCUACAGAACUAUCGCUCACUGUCACAACUCAGUGAACCUACAGACACAUCCAGCAUCAAUAUCCGUCCUCUGAGAUACUUUGAGGAUGUGACAGCAGCUGUGUCAGAGCUCAGAGAUAAACUUCAGGACAUCCUAAGGGAGAAAUGGAGAGAGAUCUCACUGACAGUCACUGAAAUGGACGUUUUACUGCCACAACCAGAGCCCAAGACCAGAGCUGAGUUCUUAAAAUAUUCAUGUAAAGUCACACUGGAUCCAAACACUGCACACACACGGCUUUUAUUGUCUGAGGGGAAUAGAAAUGUAAGAAAAAAGAGUGAAAAAGAGUGUUAUUCUAGUCACCCAGAUAGAUUCAGUGGAUGGACUCAGGUCCUGAGUAGAGAGAGUCUGACUGGACGUUGUUACUGGGAGGUGGAGUGGAGCGGAAAAGGAGUUCGUGUAGCAGUCACAUACAAGAAUAUCAGCAGAGCAGGGAUUAAAUUUGGACACAAUGACAAAUCUUGGGCAUUAGAUUGUGACAAGUACAGUUAUAAGUUUUGGUUCAACAAGUUCUCAACUCCAGUCUCAGGUCCUCAGUCCUCCAGAGUCGGGGUGUACCUGGAUCACAGAGCAGGUAUUCUGUCCUUCUACAGCGUCUCUGAAACCAUGACUCUCCUCCACAGAGUCCAGACCACAUUCACUCAGCCUCUCUAUGCUGGACUUUGGCUUUUUGAUUUUGGAGACACAGGUGAGUUCUGUAAACUCAAAUAGACAGAAACCAUUUCAGACUUCAUGAGUCAGAUUCUGUGUUUUUUAUUUCUUCAUUUUGUUUGUCUCCGUUGUUUCUGAGAGCUUGUUUCUGUUUCUGAAAUGCACAGAGAUCACCUGUCAAUCAAACUGUGAUUGUAAACACUAUUUUUCAUAGUGAUUUGUUCUAUUGAUAUUUUAAAUUAAUGUAAAAUGUCACUUUUUCCUGUGAGUUUUAACAAUGUAAGCUAUCACUGCUCAUGACAAUGUUUGAACUUUUACUUUUCAUUUCUUCAGAUGAAAAUUAAAACCUCUCUUUUUUCUAAAUUGUACUUUAAUGUUUAUUUUGAUGUAUUUGUGUGCUGUUGUUUCUCUUCAAGUUCAGCAUCUUCAACAAAGAAAACACCAGACCUUCAUUUAUCAUAAAUAUUUUAAUCUCAUCACUUUUUACAUUUUAUAAAGAAAUGUACAAUAAAAAAGUAAUUAUCCUGAUAAUAAUCAAUAAGUAGAUAAUUGAUUAUUUUCUUGUACAUAGCUGACAUUCUGUGUUAAACAAAGUGAUUGUGUU